AUGCAUCUCCUCCUUUCUCUUGUAUUGUUUCUCUCCUUGACCUACGAUGUCCUGGCUGUGCCAGCCCCUCUUCAUCACGUCCGGAAAAGCAGGUCUUUCCGCAUCGAGCGUGUCAAGCGCAGCGACUAUGUUGCCCACGGCCCCAGCGCGUUGCGCAAAGCGUACCGCAAGUUUGGAAUUGCCCCAACCAACUUUACUGGCAUUGAGCUGAGCGACUUUGAGCCAUUCAAUCUAACAAAGUCCGCGGUGACCACCAACCAAAACAACGUUGAUGAGCCAGACCAGACCGGCGCCGUCAGCGCCACGUCGGUGCAGGGUGAUGUCGAAUUCGUAUCGCCCGUCACUAUUGGCGGCCAAACGGUCACCAUGGACUUUGAUACCGGAUCGGCUGAUAUGUACGUUUUCCCGCAUCAAUUUAUUCUGCCAUUGAGAAUCACGGUGAUGAUUAACCUAUCUCCCUUUCGCAGGUGGGUGAUGAACUCCAAACUCCAGGCUUCUAUGAUCAAGGGCCGCACAGUGUACGAUCCUAGCAAAUCUAGUACCUACAAGCAAGUGGACGGGGGCGCCUUCAAGAUCUCCUACGGCGACUCUUCCUCUGCCUCCGGCGGACUGGCGCAGGAUACUGUCAACAUUGGCGGUGCAACCGUGACAAGCCAAUAUUUCGGUCUGCCGACCACCGUCUCUUCCUCCUUCAUCGAAGACACCUACUCAAAUGGCCUCGUCGGCCUGGGCUUCUCCUCCAUCAACACCUUCGACCCCGGCCCACAGAAAACUUUCUUCGAAAACAUCGCCGCAGACCUUGAAGAGCCCGUCCUUACCGCCAGGCUGCGCAGCGACGGCGUCGGCGAGUACGAGUUCGGCCAAAUCGAUCACAGCAAGUACUCCGGCGCACUGGUGAACGUCAGCGUCGACUCGUCCAGUGGAUUCUGGCAGUUCGAGGCUGGUUAUUUCGCCGUGGGCAGCGGGUCCUUGCAGAAGGUUACCCAGGUGCCGGCCGCCAUUGCGGACACUGGUACCUCGCUGAUGCUAGUGAGUCCUGAGGUGGUCGAGGCGUAUUACAAGGAGGUCCAGGGUGCUGCGUAUUCAAGCAGUGUGAGCGGCUAUAUCUAUCCGUGCUCGGCGGAGUUGCCCAGUCUCACUGUUGCGCUGGGCGACAAGUACCAAGCUACUAUUCCGGGAUCGCUGGUGAACUUUGCGGAGGUCGGGACGAAUACGACUACCGGUGCCACGGUGUGCUAUGGCGGCAUCCAGUCGAAUGAAGGGUCGAGCCUGCAGAUCUUCGGCGAUGUGUUCCUGAAAGCUUUGUUCGUGGUUUUUGACCAGCGGGGUCCGUCGCUGGGAUUUGCGUCACCGACAUGA